GGGAUGGCGGUGGAGGAAGGAGAAACACAUCUAAUACUGUCACUAUAAACCAGUCAAAGAGAGCAUAGGAGCCAAACGACAAGGCAACAAUGGCUCUGUUCACCACGAUGGGGAUGUUCAUCAUCGAUGAGAUCCAUUUCCCGGAGGAAUCGCAGCUAGAGCCGCAGUACAACGUGAUUGGUGGAGGAGGCACCUACGGUGCACUGGGAGGAAGGGUCAUCACGACUGGUGAUAAGGCAUCAUCAGUGGGAUGGAUUGUUGAUAAAGGUAGCGACUUUCCCGUGGAGGUUCAGGAGUACCUUGAGAGCUGGCAAACUGGAUGUGUUUGGAGAAACACUCCCGAUAGGCUGACCACCAGGGGCUGGAACAUGUAUGGAGCUCGAGGGUUUAGGGCAUUCAAAUAUCUCACUCCAAAGCUUCGCAUUGACGUUGAUGACCUUAUAGAUCACAGACAGCUACUGUACUCCCAGUCGUAUCAUCUUAUCUGCUCUCCAGAGAGGUGUCAGUCGAUACUCAGGAAGCUCACCGUGGCACGCGUUGACGGGACGGUGCCACCACCAGUAAUCACGUGGGAACCUGUACCAGAUCUGUGUACUCCAGAGCAUCUCAAUCAGUGCCUACAGAACCUGAAACAUGUCACUGUGCUAACUCCAAAUGCUGAAGAGGCAUCGAGGUUCUUUGGAGAAGAGGAGCCAUCGACCAAAGAAGCCCUGGAACAGCUGGCCUCGAGAUUCCUACCGUACUUAACCUCAAACUCUCACUUCAAAACUGGUAGUGGCAUUGUGCUGAGAUGUGGUCCAUUGGGAUGCUAUACGCUGACCACAGCUGGUACAUCACACUGGUUCCCAGCGUUCCAUAACGACAGGGAUCAAUCGCACCAAAGGUGCGUUGAUCCAACAGGGGGAGGAAACGCAUUCAUAGGAGCUUUAUCCACUGCAUUUGUACUCAGCCAUGGAGAUUGGGAAAUCGCAAGCAUAUCUGGUAACUUGGCUGCUGGCAUAGCUAUUGAGCAGAUUGGUAUGCCCGUCAUCGAAACCUCUGACAACUCCUCAAUUGAGACUUGGAAUGGGCUGUCGAUUGAGGAAAGGCUCAGAGGCUACAUCGAGUGGAACGAGCUGGACUAUGACGCUGAAGAGGUGCUCAAGAAGCUUCGAAUUAGAGCAUAA